AUGCAGUACGUCGAGAAAAUGGCCCUCGCCCGCGUGGUGAUGGUCUUGGUCGGCGCCUAUAUACCCUCUAUAUUCCUCUUGUUGAACUCUUUAUGCUCAGUCCGUUCUUCCAAAGACUGUGUGAGAACAGCAUUUACAUAUCUUAAAUUCGCCCUCCUCAUAUUCUCCGCACAUGCCUUGUUUGACGCUGCCACCUAUGGCAUAUUUCUCGGCAGCAGCAUCGAAUUCGCAGACAUAUCCUAUGACGAUCCCGAUUACGACUGGGGAAGAUAUGCCACUAUCAUGCAGGUUCUUGGGAUUUGUCUAAAUGUCUUCCAAGAGUUUGCUAAGAUGAGUGAAAUGAUUACCGACAUCCUAAUUGCUAUCAUCCUUCUUCGUCUAAGCGCCGCGAUCCUCAACAUCUAUUCCGGAAGUCCUAUGGGCAAGAAUCUUCGACUCGCUUCAUAUGCCAUGGCUUUCGUGCUAGGUACCUUAGUUCUCGCUGUCUUUGGUCUUCGUAUGCGCUAUAUCUUUGAGACGUCCUACGGCGACCUUGAGAUCGGAGACGCUAGCGCUCUGAAGGGCCUGCAGGUUGACUUUUCUGUCAAGGUUUUGCUCCUUGUCAUUUCCCUUGCCGUUCUUGUCAGGGUCAUCAUGGUCAAGAGACAGGUCAAGGCUGACAAGAAUCUUACUUGGGCCUCUACUAUGCUUCUCAUCGCUUCUGUAGUCUGGCUCCUGCACACAAGUUUCGCCAUGGCGUCUAUGGCUGCCUGGGACAACUUGAUCGACGUGUGGGGCAGGCCUCCUGUCAGAUACGAAUUCUACAACUACAUAUUCGACGUCAUCUUCAAGAUCUGGCCGCAGUUUGCUGUUCUGGUUAUUGUUUACGUUAUGGGCCGCGCCAAAGCCAACGGGAUCUGGUCUAAGCAGCAGGCGUCUUCGAAGCAUGUCGAGGAGGGCAAGUAG